CCCCGGUUUCGGUACCAUCCCGUCACACUAUACGGUAAGAGCGGACCGGUUACGGCAGUGGCCUUCGUGGACGAAGGGUCGUCCUUCACGCUGGUGGAGGACGGGCUCGCUGAUGAACUCGGCCUCGAGGGGCCCAGCCAGCCCCUACACCUACAAUGGACGGGUGGGGUCACUCGCGUGGAGAAGGCAUCGCGCAGCGUUACACUGACGGUUUCGGGCAAGCUACAGGGGCACCAGUAUGCUCUGGCCGGAGUGAAGACGGUGCGGAAACUGGACCUGCCGGAGCAAUCGCUCGACGGCAAAGCCCUACAAGCCCAUUACCCCCACCUGCGGGGCCUGCCACUGGACACGUACUCAAAUGCCCGCCCAAGACUCCUCAUCGGAAUUGGGCACCUUCAAGUAGGGCUGGUACUGAAAUGUCGAGAGGGCGCAGCAAACACGCCGGUAGCGGUCAAGUCCCGCCUAGGAUGGACCGUCUGUGGAGGCACCAACCAGAGGCAGAACGUAGUAGCAGCUCAGUCUCGGAGU